AUGCUCAGCGGAGGAGCCUCCCCCCACCCCACCCCGGCCCCUCUCUGUCUUCUCUGCACUGGGAGCAGUUCUCCAGCCACAGCCCCUCAUCCCCGGAAAACGUCCGCCUGUGCAAAGUUCGUCUCCACCCCCUUCCUGGUCAGGAGCACCUGUCAGCUGUUGAGCCGAUCACUGUCUACAGCGGUGCUAAAACCACCAGAGACACUGACAGACGAGAGCCUCAGCAGCUUGGCAGCCCCACGUCCCCUGAUUUCACUUAUUCCUAGCGGCAGCUUCCGAGCCAGCGCCGUUUCAAGGGACAUCCACAGAGCAGCCAAGUGCCUUGGGGCUGGGGCUGCCACGGUAGGGAUGGCUGGCUCUGGGGCUGGAAUUGGGACUGCGUUUGGGAGCCUCAUCAUUGGUUAUGCCAGGAAUCCCUCUCUGAGGCAACUGCUCUUCUCCUACGCCAUUCUGGGCUUUGACCUCUCAGAGGCCAUGGGGCUCUUUUGCUUGAUGGUGGCCUUUCUCAUCUUCGCCAUGUGAAGGAGCCGUCUCCACAUCCCAUAGGUUUUUCUCCUGUGUCUUGUCUGCCCUGUAUGUUCCUUUUCCUCUACCUCCCCA